AUGAGGUUAACGUGUGGAGUGGUAGUGAGUGAGAGAAGAGUAAUUUAAAUGUGAGCGUCAUGGAGUUGGUAGCAGUGCUGCAUUAUGCACGGAUUCAAACGUUGGGUGGGACUGAUGCUGUGCUGGAAUAUGCGGCGCAGAAAAUACAAUAUUGUUACGUAGUUUUGGCCAGGGAACAUAUAAAAACAGGUUUCGAGUAACAGUAUUUGUAUCGCAAUGUAUGCUGCUUAAAGUAUGUUUUGUCGCAGGUAGCUUACAAGUUUUUUUUCUACACAGGAUGAGAUCCGGCUGUGGUGGACCUUACUCAAAGUGCCGAAAGGUCGUACGCGCUUUUGGCAACUGAGACGAAGUCGAAAAUCCGAAGAAUAGUGGAACCGAAUAUGAGGGAGGAAGGUUGCUGUAUCAGGUAUAAAUGUGGACCACAAGAGAAAUCUUUUGGAGGUGCAGCUGGCUUACAGAUUUCGAACAAUUAAAGAGCAACAUACUAAAGCAGAUAUGUACAGCUGUACAAGCCAUCGAGCCAUUAAAAUCACUGAUGUACCACCCAACAACAAUUUGGGCUGCAUCAUGCAGCCCCUAUGUCCUGAAAGCUGGCAAACUCUCUCAAACUUUGGUUAUCAGGACGCUUGUCCAUCACAUCAGGGACGGUCUUUACAUCAAACAUUGAUACAUCCGCUGAGCGCAUGUUAACUUAUUCUGGCUCGAUUAGACUGCAACAGACGAGAACAGUAUUUGACAUAUUGCAGUGAAGUGCUACAUGACAAUGCCAUCAUAGCACAGCAACUGCGUGUUUCAACGAUGCUUCAAGGUGUAAAAAUCAAACUGCUCGCGUGCCAUUUAAGUGCUGGGUGCAACUUAUAAAAAGGUCAUUUACAAAAUUUUCUAUGUCUUUCAGACGAAAGCCAUUGUUCGUGAUCAUUGCUCUGGGCUGCCAUGGGUACUUCGCACUGCUGCGAAGGGUGCUGGGAGUACAAAGUAAAAGUGUGAAACCGCAGCAUACAGUUCAUCUAGCGCUUAUUGUCAAAUAAUCAACUAGUAGCAGGUGAACAUCAGGCAGCUGCAUGGAAGCAUCAACAUGAUCAUCGGCCUUGGGCGAGAAAUUGAUUACUGCUCGCUGUUUAUUGUCACUACCAUCUUUUUUGACACAAUCUAUUAAGGUAGCUCCUGUCACGACUGUCGAUGAGUAUUCAGAUACGGUUCGAGCUUCGUCUAUGGCUUAGAUGUCACGUCCCUACUCCGUUUGUGUCAUCUGUAUUCGCAAAGCCGGUGCGUGGGUAAUUCUAUCAGCUCAAACGGAUACAUACGUACCCCGAGACACAGCUCAAUGCGGUAUUAGCAAAGCUCAGAGGCCAUUAUAUAUACUCAUUUUAACAAUCGUUCUGCAGCGUCUUAGAUUCAGACGCUUUUGCUCUACAGCGUAAACUGCAUUUCUCCUGCUCCAUAAGCACUAUAUCACAUCACCUUGCAUGUGAUGACUUCAACCUGCGAGCUCACGCGUAAUUCUCGUUCAAUGAAUGAACAUGAGACCACCCCCUUCAGUUUAGGUCUGUGGCGAAGUAUUGGUAUUGGUUUUUUGGAUUGCAGCUGAGAAUUAACAAGUAAUGUUGAUGACUACUAAAAAACAUUUAACACAUAUCAGCAGUAAGGUCAUGGUGAGUAUAGAGAAAAAAAUUGAUUGCUGACAAAGAAGCUUAGAAUAGUAUCACAAAGGUGCGCUUUUGUCGCCCCUUAAGCAGCAAGAUGUCUUUUUUGCUCAAAGCUUACCACUACCGAACGAAGGAUAACAGGUACAGACGGCAAGAAAAGUAUGAAUGCAGCGGAAG